AUGCCAUCUAGCUCCACUGAUGCCAUCAUUAGUUCAACUGAUGCCACCACAACUUCAACUGAUGCCAUCACUAGCUCCUCAUUUAGCUCCACUGAUGCCAUCACUAACUCCACUGAUUCCAUCACUAGCUCCACUGAUGCCAUCACUAGCUCCACUGAUGUCAUCAUUAGCUCCACUGAUACUAUCACUAGCUCCACUGAUGCCAUCACUAGCUCCCCUGAUGCCAUCACUAGUUCAACUGAUGCCACCACUAGUUCAACUGAUGCCAUCACUAGUUCAACUAUUGCCAUCACUAGUUCCACUGAUGCCACCACUAGCUCCACUGAUGACACCACUAGCUCCACUGAUACCAUCACUAGUUCCACUGAUGCCAUCACUAGUUCAACUGAUGCCAUCACUAGUUCCACUGAUGCCAUCUCUAGCUCCACUGAUGCCAUCAUUAGUUCAACUGAUGCCACCACAACUUCAACUGAUGCCAUCACUAGCUCCACUCAUGUCAUCACUAGUUCCACUGAUGCCACCACUAGUUCCACUGAUGCCAUCAUUUCAACUGAAGCCAUCACUAGCUCCACUGAUGCCAUCAUUAGCUCCACUGAUGCCAUCACUAGCUCCACUGAUGCCAUCACUAGCUCCACUGAUGCCACCACUAGUUCCAAUGAUUUCGCCACUAGUUCAACUAAUGCUAUCACUAGUUCAACUGAUGCCAUCACUAGCUCCACUGAUACCAUCACUCGUUCCACUGAUGCCAUCAAUAGUUCCACUGAUGCCAUCACUAGUUCAACUGAUACCAUCACUAGUUCCACUGAUGCCAUCACUAGCUCCACUUAUGCCAUCAUUAGUUCAACUGAUGCCAUCACAACUUCAACUGAUGCCAUCACUAGCUCCACUGAUGCCAUCACUAGUUCCACUGAUGCCAUCACUAGUUCAACUGAUACCAUCACUAGUUCCACUGAUGCCAUCUCUAGCUCCACUGAUGCCAUCAUUAGUUCAACUGAUGCCACCACAACUUCAACUGAUGCCAUCACUAGCUCCAGUGAUGCCAUCACUAGUUCAACUGAUACCAUCACUAGCUCCACUGAUGCCAUCACUAGCUCCACUGAUGCCACCACUAGCUCCACUGAUGCCAUCACUAGUUCAACUGAUGCCACCACUAGUUCAACUGUUGCCAUCACUGGUUCAACUGAUGCCAUCACUAGCUCCACUGAUGCCACCACUAGUUCAACUGAUGCUAUCACUAGUUCAACUAAUGCCACCACUAGCUCCACUGAUACCAUCACUAGCUCCACUGAUGUCAUCACUAGUUCCACUGAUGCCACCAAUAGUUCCACUAAUGCCAUCACUAGUUCAACUGAUGCCAUCACUAGCUCCACUGAUGCCAUCAUUAGCUCCACUGAUGCCAUCACUAGUUCAACUGAUGCCAUCACUAGCUCCACUGAUGCCACCACUAGUUCAACUGAUGCCAUCACUAGUUUAACUAAUGCCACCACUAGCUCCACUGAUACCAUCACUAGCUCCACUGAUGUCAUCACUAGUUCCACUGAUGCCACCACUAGUUCCACCUGGAGUCUUAUGAAGGAGCCUUGUGUAGGAGCCUCAUGA